AUGUCUGAUGCUGGUAAAGCCUCUGUCACACCCUAUUUGACGUUUGACAUGAGGCUCUUCAUCAUGGCUCCACUUCUGCUCCUCGUCUUCUCCCUGAUGAGCCAGUCUCUCCUCUGUGCUGCUCUGGCUGAAAUUGGUGGUCGUCGUUCAGUGGGCUCGGUCUCAGACAUUAUUCAAAGAGUUAAUGGUCACUUAGGACGGCAGAAGAGAGGUCCUGUCAUCACCGAUGACGACAUUGCUCAGAGCCGAAGAAGGAACGCAGUGCCGUGCACGUCCAGAGGCUGCACAUGGUCCAAGGGGUCAAACGGCAACGUUGUCAUCCCAGUCUUUAUCUCCAACUCAUACUCAUGGGCAGAGCGGAGAGUCAUCAUUCGCAGCCUGCUCACCUUUCACAGAACCACCUGCAUUCGCUUUGUCUGGUGGCGCGGACAGAGUGACUAUAUCUACUUCUUCCCAGGCAGCGGGUGCUGGUCCUACCUGGGUCGUCAGGGCGGGUUACAGCUGAUCUCCCUGAAUAGGUUCGGCUGUGUGUAUUUACCCAUAGUGCAGCACGAGGUUCUGCACGCGCUGGGCUUCCACCACGAGCACGUCCGCAGCGACAGAGAUGAUUACGUCAGAAUCAUCUUCCGCAACAUCCAGGAAGACAAAAAACGCAACUUUAGGAGGGUGAACACUAACAACCUGAACACUCCCUACGACUACAACUCUGUCAUGCAUUACAGCACAUAUGCGUUCUCCAUAUCCCCUGGCGAACUGCAGACCAUCACCGCCAGAAACAGCAAUGUUGAGUUUGGACAAGCCACCGAGAUGAGCAGGAAAGACAUCAGGCGGGUCAACAGGCUCUACCAAUGCAGUGAGUUCAAAAUAAAGACAAAACUCUCUGAGCAUCUAGCAGACAUAACCUGCAAUCUCUAA